AGAUUCAUAGACUCGAAUCGUCACAUUCAACGACCUCGCCGCACGCUCGCGGAUCCAGCACGUGUGCUCGCGCCCCGAUUGCUCCCACCUCUACCGAGGGAGGUCCAAGCGGCUGAGGCGGAGGCCCAAGCGGCAAGCAACCCCUUGAGGCCCGAGCGGACAGAGGGGGCGUUCUCCGAGCUGACCACGUACUCCUUCGGACGAGAGAAGGUUAUCACCUUCGACGGCACCUUCUUCGCAAACUCCAGCGCGAUGCGGGACGCGGGGACGGAGGCGUCGCUUCAUUCCAUCUGCGAGCCGGACCCAGAAGCGCCUCGAGUGGCCGGUGGCUUCACUCCUCUAAGUGUCGGGGGGGUGCGGCCCUCGUGUGUGCCGCUAGAGGGGAUCGAUUGCCCCUGGAAGUAUCGCAAUGGACUCUCGGAGCUGCGGCCGGCAGUACGUGCUUUAACGCUAAGAUGGUGCAACUUUCGGAAGGCCCCAGCGCAAGGGAGCAACGCGCCUCUGAAGCCGGGGGAGUUCGUGGCGAUGCGGGAGGGGCUGCCGGCGAACGUGAGGGCCCUGAUCGACCUCGUGACGGAGUCGGGGGGGUGUGCGGAUACGGAGACGUGUGCGAUGUGCAAGGGAGUCCCACGACGGCCUUGGAUGCAAGGCUUUCUGAAGGACGGGCCGGUGGGGGCGUCGGGUUGGUGCCCCGAUCACUGGCAGCCAUACGCGGCCCUGCUCCACGCGCUCCUCAUACCCCGGUAUUCGUGGGUGUUUGGGCGCAUCGUCACCCUGAAGCUGCUCCGCCACCUCUUGCUGGAGGGCCCGCUCGACCAGCGAGGGAUGGCCUUCCUGUCCGAGGACGCCCCCAUGCUGGCGGCGAUCCUGCGCCUGCACCCGAUUGCUGGAGGGCUGUACGCAUUCCCCCCGACGCUGUGGCCCCUCGUGCGUGACAUCUACGCCACGAACCUGCUCUGCUUCGAGUCCAGCGCAAACCGGCCAACUUCGUCCCAUCGUUCGCCUCUUGCGGCCCUCCAUGAUGCCACCGAGCAUAUGUGGACCAUUGAAAGCGAGCGGUUGAGGCUCGUGGGCCAACUUGAGGCGGCGGCGAUGGAGUACGCGGAGCAACGGGGUGUGGCGCUGAAGAGGGUUGCCAACUCACUUCUUUUUGAGCUGGAGGUUCGCGAGCCGCAGUGCUACGGAGAGGGCGGCUUCCUUUCGGCGCCCUCAACAAUCUACAGAGAGCGGGUGGAGGCUGUCUCGACGUACGGCUUCCACCCGUUGCUCUACGGGCGGCCGCAAUUCGUGGACUGGGAGGACGAAUCCGGACGGGGAAAGAAGGGUUCGGAGGAGCGUCUUACCCAACACUGCAGUGCUCCGAACCCUCAGUCGUCCAAGGGGCGGGCCGGCAUAUUCAUUGCGUGCUGCCAAAAUCGGGCGCCUCUCGGUUACCAUUGGUUGAAGGGGGGUGAGUCGGUGUCGGACUUGGGAACUGUGCUGCUCACGCGGUUUCCCUUCAAGACGCUGCGGGGACUCACGAUCGUGGAGGACGCCGCCUGCAACGCCCAGGAAUGGCUGCUAAACAGGGUGCCGCAUCUGGCUAAGUUCAUCCUAUUUGUCGUUGACCGCUUCCACUCGGGGCCUAUCAGCUGCGCGUCCUCGGGAGCCAAGCGCUACGCGACGCACACGUGCUCGCCCACUCUCUUCAUCGACAGCUUUCCGCAACAUCGCCAAACGAUCACGACGGCCUCGGAGGGCAUCAACUCUGGGCUGAAGAGAUGCGCGGCUAGUCUCUAG